AUGGCCGCCAGCAACGACUCUCAGAUAGUAAUCAAAUUGCUCGAUGCCCCUAGCCAUGCCCUCUUACGCAAAUUCGGGUCCCUUGGGUAUUCGCUACUUCUUCGGCUUCAGUCGGAACUCACCGCGAUCGAGUCACAUAGCGGUGACGCUCUUCUGGCAGGUAUUGAUCUUCACAACGUGGGAGCAACAACUGUAGCUCUGGGCGCGGAAGCCUCGACAGAAAGCAGGCUGCGUGAAGAAGAGCUACAGAACAAGCUUAUCAAAUACUACACGCUUCUGAAUCUUUUCUCAAAAAUUCAAUCCUCCAGGAUACCUCAUGAAGCUGUUCUUGAAGGUUUUAUUAGAUUUGUCAAGGACGAUCUUCAGAAGGAUGUCGCCCACACCACCUGGGUUGAUGAAGCCGAUCUCAUGGGUCCCUUUACAAAUCGUCUGCCGCAGCAAAUCCUCAUCACUAUGAACAUAGUAAGCAUUUUUAGGAAGAUGAAACGCUUCAAAUGGUUCGCUGCCAUUAUUCAUAGGUUUCCAAAAUGCAUACGUCGCCAUCUUGAACACCCUGGAUACCCAGACAGAUUCGUCUUGUCGACUGGCGGGAUAACAAAUUGGUUUUCUGUACUCGUCGUCAUCCUCGUUCCCACCAUCAUCGUGGGAGCAAUGCUAGCACUAUACGCGACACACUCGACAAGGGAACGAAUGGCUGCGUUAUGGGGGUUCGCAGUUGUAUUUGCAUUCAUGACAAGGCUCUUGGCUACUCCCAAUACGGAUUUUAUAUUUGCUACUAAUGCUGCAUUUUGUGCGGUUCUAGUCGUUUUUGUUGGCAAUGCGCUGCCUGGGUAG